CUCUCAUCUCCUGUGUUUGAGCAAUACAUUGGUGUUCUUUUUCUUCCACGUGUAGGUAACUUAUACGCCAAAUCCCGCUAAAUAGUCUACCCACUUCAGCUGUAUAAUGGCUAAAGUUUCUUCAGGUGUGGCCUUGCUUUUACUAGUGUACACCCUCUACAGCAGCCUACCAAGUACAUUGUCAGGUAGGUACUUAUUAUCCACAGAGUGCAACUGUGACUGUAGAUUGGAGGUGGCUUCAACUGCGGUCUUCCAAAUGCUGUUGGACUCUUUAUCUCCCAUCAGCCCCAACUAGCAUGGCCAUUAGUCAGGGGUUGAUGGGAGUUGUAGUCCAGCAACAGCUAGAGGGCCACAGGUUAGCUACCCCUAUUGUAAAAAAGAGAGGACAAUAUGAAUAUCCAUACCAUAGCUAAGACCUAACACUAUCAGUACUUAACUGUAAGCACAAGAGGAAUUCCAUCCUAAAUCACUGUUGUGUCUUCUAUUUUACUCGCCUAAUUUCUACCCUGGGAUUAACCCUGGAGUUGCAUCACUGUCAGCAAAUAUUUUCCCCUAUCACUUACUGUAUUACAUAAGGGGGGGGGGAAUGACCUAGUGUGCCUCCUACCUAACUUCUUAGCUCUACACACAAGGAGACAUGCAACAGAAUCCUAUCCAUGCUUACUUGGUACUAAGUAACAUUGUGUUGAGUGUGUUACUUCCUAGUAAAUGUGUUUAGGAUUUCAGCCUGAAUAUUAUUAUUUUUUAAAUGUAUUGAGUCUUCAAAGGAAACAUGGGAACAUAAACCCCCCCUUGUUAAACACUUUCCUCUACCCAACCGCCUUGCCCAAACCACAGAUCCCUAUGGGGAAACAUUAUUCCAAACUUUCAAAUGUGAGUCUAGUGGAUGUCACUGUAUAAUUGAUGUUCUGUCAUGUAUGUGAUGAAACGGUACCAGGUCCAGGGCUAGCACUAUGAUGAACCACCCUGAAACCUCCAGGUAUAGGGCGGUAUAUAAACUCAAUAAACAGCAACAGCUACUACUACACACCACGAGGCCAUUGCCUCAGGUGGCAGGAUCCUGUUUGGCAGUGGAACAGACUCCCACGAGAGGUGGUGGACGCUCCUUCCUUGGAGGUUUUUAAACAGAAGUUGGAUGGUCAUCUGUCAUGGAUGCUUUAGCUCAGAUUCCUGCAUUGCAGGGGGUUGGACUAGACGACGCUUUGGUCCCUUCCAACUCUAUGAUUCUGUGAUCCAGGAGUGGCAGAUACUGCUACUGAACCUGCUGCUUGUCUGCAGGUGAAGUGGCCGCCACUGGCACGGAUGCCAGUGCUGAUUCCUGUGGCCUGCCUUGGGAGACGUCUGCUCCAGCAGCUCAGCAACAGCACUUGAAGCCGGAGAGGAGCAGCACCUAGAUCAAAAGAAGCCAAAAGACCAAGCCACAACUUAUUCAGGGGUCUUCCUGCUUCCAGCUUAUGUGAUUGGUUCACCUUCUCCUUCUGGCUCUUCUGAUUGGUGCUUUUCCCCUGGGUUUCCUGGGCGUCCAUUAAUUUUGUGUUUGGUUCUGCUGCUGCUGCUGUCGGGAAAAGCAGGGAGCUGCAUUUUGCUAUGCUGAGAGACAUGGGUGUAGCCAGAAUUUAUUGGGCGGGGCAGGUUUUAUGUUGGGGAUAGAGAACUGAGUUAUCUGUGACGCUGUUGGUCAGUUACUUAACAUUUUUAUUUACUAAAUUGUUGGUAUAAAAUUGCUGAAUGAACUCUGCAGGAUUGCAGUUUGAAUGGAAGAAUCAAGGUUCAUAGUGCCAGCUCAUUUUGCUUUCAUACCGGUAGUUUUUUUGAGAAAAGACGAGGCAAGUCAAAUCCUGAGAAUUCAUAAACGUGCCAACCAUUUCUUGGAGGAGGUUCGCCAAGGAAAUAUGGAAAGAGAAUGCAAUGAAGAAAGGUGUUCGUUUGAAGAGGCAAGAGAGAUUUUCAAAUCAGAGGAGAAAACGGUGAGGAAUUGAACUUGAGGAAAUCUAAUGCUGGUUUGGACAGUUGUGAAAUACAAUGAGAUAUACCUAUCCAAAUACCCCACAGAGUGAAUCACAUCAGAUGGGCAUAGAAUAGUCUGCUGUUCCACUCAUAUGGAUCAACAUCAUAAUUGUUUGUUUGUAAUUAUUUGUUAUCCCACUCUUUAGCUGGAAAACCUUCCAGAGCAACUUGCACAUUUUAAAAAAAUGAACACCGUCCCUGCCCUCAGGUUUACAGUCUAAAAGACAUAUGGAAGAAAGGAUGGGAAGGAAGAGGGGGGAAAUAGUUAGAAAAUAUAUAACUCAAACUCAUAACUUAUCAAAAUCAACAAAUAAAAUCAAUGAUUAAACAUAACGAAAGUGUCUUGCCUUACCCAUACUCUCAAGUAUGAUGGGUGGGGCUUUACACCAACUUCCACAGGUUCUACGGAAUGUCAUACUUAAGAGGUCGGUGGGGUCACUGCCUAUUUUCUCUCCUAUGACCCAGACCCAGUAUGAAUGGGAUCAGUGUACUAUGUAAGAACCUGAGUUAGUAAGGCAAAGAUUUGUAGCACUGGAACAAUGGGGGAUGGCAAUAUAUAGAAGUAGGCAGUUUCAUCCAUCAGAUGUAUCUUAAUUUAACUAAUACAGAAAGUCAUUUAUAUAUUUUUUUUAAAAAAUGGAAAGUCCUUUCCCCUAGUAUUCUUCAGCCUGUUUACCCAAUAUUUUAUUUUUUACCAUUUUGCAGGUGGAGUUUUGGUUCAUGUACAACAGUAAGAGAUUUUCAUUUCCUUCUUUUUUGUGCUGUCAAAUGGUUCCUAAAGAAAAGUGAAGGCCAAUAAAGCCCUCAGAAGGUUCCUUUGGUCUCAUCCCUCUUGAUCUUCCAUUGUUCAUUGAAUACAUUUUUGUUUCUGCCAGGCUUUUGGCUUGCUAGGCUGAGUUUUUUUUUAAAAUGUAUACUGAAAUGUGUUAGAUUGUUUUCCCCAUCUUCCCCGUUUAAGUGUCGCAAAGUUUUGCCGACAUUAAUUUUGUAUGUAAUUUUAAUGUUGUAACUGUGUUGUGUAUUGCAGAGCGUAAAGCAUUUAAAUAAAUAAAUACCUCUCUCCACCGCAAGGCCAUCUUUUUAAUGCCUUGAUUUUUAUCACAAGCUUCUCUCCUUACAUACAGAUUUGGACACUUGUAAAGAAAAUCCUUGUAAGAAUGGUGGCAUCUGCAAGGUUAAACGCUAUAUAACUGUUUGCACUUGUCCUCCCAGAUUUGGAGGGAGCCACUGUGAAAUAGGUGAGUACAGAAUAUGGGCUGACAUGAACAUUUGUUACCUUGUUUGCUUGCUUCCUUAAGAUAUUUAUAUGCCAGCCAAUAACACUGAAUGGCUUAAGUACAAAACUGAAAACAGUUCAAUGCACAUUUAAAACAUAUGGCUUCCUCCAGAGAAUCCUGGGAACUAGAGUUUGUUAAGGGUGCUGGGAACCCUUAUCUCUGAGGGAUAUAUUACAGUUUCCAGAUUUCUUUGGCAGAAGUCCUUCUGUUGCCCGUGUAGCUGCAUUACAGCACCUGUUGCUAUUAUGUAAUAGCAUCUAUGACAUGUUACGUAUAAUGACCACCUAUUAUGCAGCCAUAUCAUAGCAUCCAUUACACAUGAUAAAUAAUGAUCCAAAAUAAAAUGUAUACUUCUAAUGCAGAGAAAUCUGAAUGCUGGUACAAGAAUGGUGGCUGCUGGCAAUAUUGCCAUGACAAUGAACGUUCGCUUCAAGUGACCUGUUCCUGUGCGUUGGGGUAUACACUAAGUGAAGAUGGAGAGAGGUGCACACCGUCAGGUACUCAAUACUGAUUGAGAUGCCCCUCAUGUUUUGGAAUAGCGCUUUCCAUCUUACAAAAUGUUUCGUUCUCAUUUUUCCCUCCUGCUGCUGAAAGUUGAAGCAAGGUUGGCUUGCUCCUAGCCACUUAGAAUGAGUUUAUAAUUCUGUGAAAAGUAUCUCCUACAUACCAGCACAUAUCUUCAUACCAGCACAAUCAUUCUAGCAACAUAGAUACCGUAUUAACUGCAUGCUUCAUUGUUUGCCUAGGGCCAAGCUUGCAUUUUGUGAACACCUAGAGCCAAACAUCCCACUAAAAUGAACUGUAUCCUGCAGCAUGUUUUUAUUUGCUAUGCAAUUGUAAUUGCACCUGCUGCCACUUAAUGGCCACUCCAAAUUAUGAAUUCAGCUUUCCACCCCCAUAAGGAAUUUCCAAACAGCUGAUUCCUGUCUGAUGCAUCCAGUGUUUUUUUUUCCUAAAAAAAUGUUUAGGGGUACUCUCAUUUUCCUACUCAUAUUGAAAUACUGCCCCUCAAUGAGGCCAAACUUAGAUUCACAAAAUGUUUAGGGGUAUGCAUACCCCUGUGUCCCCCCCCCCCGAAAAAAAGCACUGGAUGCACCAUACCACCAACCUUUUGGCUCUCUGUUUCCCAAUACUAAUUCACACCCUUCAGAAAUGGGAACCAAUUAUCCUGGCCUAUCUGUACAUUACAGUGUUUUUGAAUGCUUAUUAUUUACAUGUAUAUGCUGCGUUUCCACCUAGGCCCUUAGGGCAAAGUGCAUGGUUCUCUCUUUUAUUUUCAUACCAACCAUUUGAGGUAGUAGGAUAGGCUGGAACCACUGGUCUAAGGUCACCUAAUGAGCUUCAUGGCUGAGGAGGAAAUUUGAACCUGGGUCUUCCCAAUCCUAUCUCUAAGGAUUUGGUACAGUUAAGGAGGUAGGGAAUGUUUCUCUCUCCCCAACCCCUUUUUUCAUUGAUUCAGAAGGGGCGGGGCAGAAAUCUUCUGAGGUGUUGAAAGUGAUUAUUCUUCCUUAGGUUCCUCACUUUUCAUGUUACAAGCAAUGGGAUAUAAAUGCCAGGAAAUGUCAUGUGGUGUUGCCACCUUCAUUUACUUGUCUAAACAGACUGCUUUACACACAGCAAAUUUGUCUAAUCCCACCCCUUUUAAGAUCGCUUUCCCUGUGGACUGGUUAAGAGAUCAACACGCUCUAACAAGGAAGGAUCAGAAGAGUACAACCAAACUAUUGCUUGGGAUAUGACUGGGACGGAUACAAGAGUUGCUCAGGAGAACUUGGCCCACUGGAAUCAGUCAUCGGCUUACAACUCCUCAGCAAGCCUGAAUGACACAAUGGAGGGAGAGGCUGAGGAAGAAGGCACUGAAGAGAUGAAAGGAAACUUCACAGACUCCUUCAGCUGGCUCAGCUUCAAUGACAGUGCUGAAAUGGAUGGUUCCAGGGUAGUUGGAGGCUCGUUCUGCCGCCCAGGAGGCUGUCCCUGGCAGGUACAGAUACUGUUUUGACAAAAUUGCCUCACUUUACAUUGUUGUAGUUGUGCAAUGGCAGGGCCAGGUCAUAUGACCAGUGAAUUAUCUUUAAACAAACAGCAAAAUAGCACUGUGUCUGCACAGUGAACAUCUGUCAUCACCUCCCCUUCAACAGCAUGGCUCCAUCUGCACUGUACAUUUAAAGCUCUUUAAAGAGCCAUGGCUUCUCCCAAAUAAUCCUGGGAGCUGUACUUUGUUAAGGGUGUUGAGAAUUGUUAGGAGACCUCUGUUCCCCUCAGAGAGCUGUAAUUCCCAGUUUCACGAGAAGAGGGAGUGAUGGUUAAACUACUCUGGAAAUUGCACCCUGAGCAAACCACAGUUCCCACAAUUAUUUGGGGGGAAAGCAUGGCUGUUUCAAGUGGUGUGAUCCUGCUUCAAAUGUAUAAUGCAGAUGGGCCUUUGUUGGAACAUUGUCCCCUAAUGUCUGUUAGCUUGAUCCUGUGGGAAGCUACAAAUGUAUCCCACAUACGUAGAGACAUUUGCUGCACAUCAUUAUAUCUCUCUAUAAGACCCCGUUCUUGCAUUUUGUUUCACAGCUACAUAACUGAAUUAACUUUAAAGAAAAUUCCCAUACAUGUAUUCCUUCAUCUCUCCCUACAUUGCUGGUUAUUGAUCUCCUUUCCUUGGAUUUUUGUUUUCUUGUUAAAGGUUCCUAUCUGAACAUGCCUGCAGUAGUAGUAGUAGUAGUAGUAGUAGUAGUAGUAGCAGUAGCAGCAGCAGCAGCAGCAGCAGCAGCAGCAGCAACAACAACAACAAUCUUAUAUGCCUCCAUCUGAUUAGGUUGCCCCAUCCACUCUGGGUAGCUUCCAGGAAUUAAAACAUGAAACACAGUAAAACAUCCAACAUCAAAAACUUCCCUAUACAGGGCUGCCUUCAGAUGUCUUCUGAAAGACUGAUAGUUGUUUACAGUAUUUCUUCAACGUCUGAUGGGAGGGUGUUCCAUAGGGCAGGCACGACUGCUGUGUAGAGUAUAUGCAUAUUUGAUUGAGUGAAUCAACAGUGUUACUUCUCCCCGUAGGUACUGCUCCAAAAUAAGAGAGGUUACGGGUUUUGUGGUGGCAGCUUAAUCAGCAGUCGGUGGGUGCUCACUGCAGCACACUGUCUGGAUACAGUUAUCCCACAUCAAGUUACUGUAGGUGAGCCACAAGGACAAUCAAAAGAUUGCACGGUUUGUUCUUUUCCAAGCAUGCCCCCAAGAAGAUACAAUGAACUCUUGCAUCUAUCAUUGUUUCACUAUUCUUUUUAAAGAGCCUUCAAGGUCAUUGAGAUUAGUGCAUAUAAUUACAAACUUUUCCAAUGUUGUUAUCAGCACCCAACAAAUUGCCAGUUUUUAAGUUAAACUUAUAGGUGCACUUUCAUGGAAGACUUGAUAAAAGGUAAAGGGACCCCUGACCAUUAUAUUGAAGUGCAAUACAGCAAACCCUCAAUUUACAGUGGUACCUCUAGUUACAAAUUUAUUUUGUUCCAGAGGUCCAUUCUUAACCUGAAACUGUUCUUAACUAGAGGCGUGCUUUCGCUAAUGGGGCCUCUUGCUGCCACUGUGCCGCCGGCACAUGAUUUCCGUUCUCAUCCUGGGGCAAAGUUCUCAACUCAAGGUAACUCUUCCAGGUUAGCAGAGUUUGUAACCUGAAGCAUUUGUAACCUGAGGUGUUUGUAACUCAAGGUACCACUGUAUGGGAAAAAUGACUUUGGCAAUGGCACCUGCCAUUGAACCCAAUGUUUUUUUACUACACAGGCGCCCUGCGCCCCUACCCCCCACCUGCGUGUGACAGCUUAUAUGUCCAGUGCCAGGAAGGGAAUAGAUAGAUAGAUGAUAGAUAGAUAGAUAGAUGGAAUCAUACCAGGAAAUAGCAAGAGAGAGCUACAGAAAACCUCACCAGAGCCAUCAGGACAUCAGUUUGGGUGGAGGAAGCCCUGAAGAGACUGGAGACAUAGUGGGGCUUUGUUUAGGCUGCUUAGCUGCCCCACCUAACAGCUGUCGUGUGGGGUAGUGCAGCAGCCGCCGCUGCUUUUCCACGCAUACUCCAGCCUCCAGCCAACCCAAGAGCUUCAACUCCAGAUAUUCUGGUCUGGAUUGGUCUGCUGGAGAGCAGGAAGAAAAUGGGCAUUUAGAGUUUUUUAGAGGGUGCUCCCCACUUAUGCGAUUUUCGCUUACAUGCCCAGGGUCCUGGAACGUAACCCUUGCCUAAGUGGGGAGACACCUGUACACAGUUUUGGCUUUUGGUGUGAUCCCUGGAACCUAAUACCCACAUAAGCUGCAGGCUUAUGGCAGAACAUUAAUUGAAUAAGAGACUGUGACUUAAAACAUUUUGGAUCUGCACACUAAAAUUGGUUUCUUUGGAUCCUUUUCCUAUUUCUCCUAAGGCUAUUUAAAAAUCAGCUUUAAUUCCCUGCCCCCUACCCUGCUUCCAUUAGGAACAACUAACUGCACAAAGGUAUCACACUCUUCUUACAUUUCAUUUGCCUUUCAGGAGAUUUUGACAAACAUCAGCGAGAACGGCAUGAACAAAAGGUGGGAGUUCGACAGUACUGGAAACAUCCUCAGUAUGACUCUAUCAACUUCAACAAUGAUAUUGCGUUGAUCCAGCUGACCAGCAGUGUGGUUUUCAGCGAGCACGUACUCCCCAUCUGCCUUCCCAACCCUCAGCUAACUACUUUACUGAUUGGAGAGGGGGCAUCAGGAAUGGUUAGUGGAUGGGGUGCUACACAUAGCAAGGGUAAGUCAACUCGCUUCCUCAUGAAAGUCAGCUUGCCUAUUGUGAGCGCAGACACUUGCCGGCCGUCAACCGAGAAGCUCAUCACUGACAACAUGUUUUGUGCAGGCUAUGCUGAAGAAGCACAAGAUGCUUGUAAAGGAGACAGUGGAGGACCUUUUGCUGUAGCUUACCGCAGCACUUGGUAUCUCCUGGGGAUUGUCAGCUGGGGGGAAGGCUGCGCCGAAGUGGGAAAAUAUGGGGCUUACACACGAGUAUCCAACUACAUUUCAUGGAUAAAAGAAACCAUUGAAAGCACGACUGAUUCGGAAGGACUUUCACGUUCCCUGUAACGGAAGCAAUUUUUUAGUAUACUCUGCACAUUUGACAAUUAUUUGCAAGUACUUGUGUACACAGUUAACACUGCAGGACUGCUUCCUCAGCUGUUCUUGAAAGUUGCUCCAGUAUCCAGAAAUAUGAGGCAUGGGAGAAUUUACAUACACAUCUUCAGCUGGGAAUAACUUUAAUUUAAUAACUUUUUUAAAAUGAAGAUUUUGUAGCCAAUUUCCUUUGAGUAAUAGUGUGUAGUAAGUUUAGUUCACUGUUCUACACACAUACAUCUUGCAGUAGUCUUGUAGCAGUAACCAGGAUGUGAAAGAGGACUCAAGCUAUCAAUGUUACCUAGCCACGGCAAUUUAUUUCUCAUAAUUAUUCCAACUUAAACUUCAUUAAAUAUCUAGUCUGCAGCCCCCCACCUUGCUGAGCAUGGUGACUUAAGUAACCCCAAAUACUUUACGAAGUAACAGACAUAUUUUUGGACUUCAUUUUUUAACGUAAGAAUUGUAGGCAAUUGCUGUUUUGCAUGGGAAAUGUAUGUACACUUGGUCUGUCGUGUCCCUGGCACCCAUUCAGAUUAAUGGCAUAAAAAACAUCAUUAAAUAAUUUUUCAAGUGUCCAAUAUGGAAAGUUAUUCUGGCAUACACUUAGCCACUCAUGUUACUGUAAUGUUUUUUGGCUUCAACAGCACAGGAGAGGUAUAAUUCCUUUAAAUUCUCUAGAGCAGGAAUAGUUAGCUUUCUUUGGCCAAAGGGCCAUCUUCACACAACGGGGUGUAGCCAAUUCUCUUUUCUGCUGAUCUGUGGAGACUGAUGAACAAUGAGGGGGCAAUUUACAUCCGCAGCAGGGAGCUGCUCAGAGAGACAUUGAUCUCACCACCCACCCAUGUGUUGUGUCUAAAUUUAUUUCAUUUUGCUUCUAUAAAUAUACUAUCAAUGUCUUCCGGGGGUGGACUGUGCCGCCACUCUCCUCAUAAGGUAAUUCCCUCUGGGUUUGUUAAACUACCGUUUCCACUUACGUUCAAUCCAGGAAACUGGGGAUUAAAUAAACCAAGAUUUCAAGACAUGGCUUUGCCCCUGUUUACAUGCCAGGUCUAAAACUGAUUUAAUCUCUGCUUUUCAGUUUACAUAUAACGAAGAGGAAACUGGUUCAACAAACGACAGAAGUAUUGCAUUAAGACAUGGAUUUUUGUGACGUUCUCACGAUUAUUCAAUUAUUGUAAAUUAUAUUUUAUAACAAAGAUAGCUUAUAGAAAGCUUUUGAAAUUAAAAGUGAUUUUUCCUCAUUCUCAUCAUCAAUGUUACACAGCAAAAGAAGAACAGGCAGUUAUAUAACCUGAUAGCAGAAUUCCAUCAGACAAAAAUAGUAGCAAAGUAUUUUCUUCAAGUCCACUUAGGUUUCUAGUAUCCCACAUGUGCCUUUUUCUUACUUACAGUAAUGUAUAAAGAAGGGGAUGUGUUCAAUGCUGUUCAAGCAAACACCUGCUUGUGCAACAGAACAUCAGUGCCCCCUGCACUCCCAACCCUCUG